AAUCCACCACCUUCUUUUGCUCACAGACUAGCGCCUCCACCCCAGAAGAAAGGAAAGAACUUCGCUCCACCGUUAGUUAGAGAGAGGGAGAGUGAAAGAGAGAAGCCAUGUGUGGAAUACUCGCUGUCUUCGGUUGCUCCGACAACUCUCAGACCAAACGAGCCCGAAUCAUCGAACUAUCUCGAAGGUUGCGCCACAGAGGUCCUGACUGGAGUGGUUUACAUUGUCAUGGUGAUUGUUAUCUUGCUCACCAGAGGUUGGCUAUUGUUGAUCCUGCUUCAGGAGAUCAACCACUAUACAAUGAAGACAAGACUAUUAUUGUUACGGUAAAUGGGGAGAUCUAUAACCAUAUGGAUCUGAGAGCAAAGCUAAAGUCUCAUGAAUUCCGAACAGGAAGCGACUGUGAAGUUAUUGCCCAUCUUUACGAAGAAUACGGGGAGGAUUUUGUCGACAUGUUGGAUGGAAUGUUCUCCUUUGUCCUUCUUGACACCCGUGACAAUAGUUUCAUUGCUGCUCGAGAUCCUAUUGGUAUAACCCCCCUAUACAUGGGUUGGGGUCUUGAUGGAUCAAUUUGGUUUGCAUCAGAAAUGAAAGCUUUGAGUGACGAUUGUGAACGCUUUGUAUCCUUCCUUCCAGGGCAUAUAUAUUCUAGCAAAAGCGGUGAACUCAGGCGAUGGUAUAAUCCACCAUGGUAUUCAGAAGGCUUACCGUCAACUCCUUACAAUCCUUUAGUUUUACGUCAGGCCUUUGAGAAGGCAGUAGUUAAGAGACUAAUGACGGAUGUGCCAUUUGGUGUACUUCUAUCUGGAGGACUUGACUCGUCGCUUGUUGCUGCUGUGGCUUCCCGCUACUUGGAAGAAUCAAAAGUUGCUAGACAAUGGGGAUCAAAGCUACAUACCUUUUGCGUUGGUCUGAAGGGUUCACCAGAUCUUAAAGCUGCAAGGGAGGUUGCAGAUUAUCUUGGUACUCACCACCAUGAGUUCCACUUCACAGUUCAGGAAGGAAUAGAUGCAAUCGAGGAAGUCAUUUAUCAUAUUGAAACGUAUGAUGUGACUACUGUCAGAGCCAGCACUCCGAUGUUUCUAAUGUCUCGGAAAAUAAAAUCAUUGGGUGUGAAGAUGGUUCUUUCUGGAGAAGGUUCUGAUGAAAUUUUUGGUGGUUACUUGUAUUUCCACAAGGCACCUAACAAGGAGGAGUUUCAUCGGGAAACAUGUCAAAAGAUUAAAGCUCUUCAUCUAUAUGAUUGCCUAAGGGCAAACAAAUCUACAUCAGCGUGGGGUGUAGAGGCUCGUGUUCCAUUUCUGGAUAAGGAGUUCAUAAAUGUUGCUAUGGACAUCGAUCCACAGUGGAAAAUGGUAAGAGCUGAUAUUGGUCGCAUUGAGAAGUGGGUUCUACGCAAUGCAUUUCAGGAUGAUGAGAACCCAUAUCUGCCGAAGCACAUAUUGUACAGGCAGAAGGAACAGUUCAGUGAUGGAGUUGGUUACAGCUGGAUUGAUGGCUUGAAGGAUCACGCAAACAGACAUGUCUCAGAUGCAAUGUUGACUAAGGCAAGCUUCAUUUAUCCAGAGAAUACCCCCACAACAAAAGAGGCUUACUACUACAGGACUAUCUUUGAGAAGUUCUUCCCCAAGAAUGCUGCAAGGUCAACAGUUCCAGGCGGUCCUAGCGUUGCAUGCAGUACUGCUAAAGCACUAGAAUGGGAUACAGCAUGGUCUAAAAAUCCUGAUCCCUCAGGCCGCGCUGCUCUGGGUGUUCAUGCUGCUGCGUACAAUGAAACAGUGGAUCCACUUUCUUCUGUGAAGAAUACAAGUUCGUUGCUUGAUAUUCCUCAGAAAUUGCAGGAAGGCAUUGUAGAGGCUACUGCAAUGGCUGUUUGAUUAAGUUUUCAACCCUGAUUCUUUUGUCAUACUAAUCUUAAACUAGGGUUGCAUUCUUAAUGGCCAAGAGAUUAUUCUCGCUAGGAUUAGGGUCCUAGCCCCCCCCCCCCCCAACUGAAUAUAAUUCUUUGUUAUAUCCUCUUUAGGAAUGUCAAUUGUACAUUUUCUUUGGAGGAUAAUGCAAGGAAACACUGUCUUCCCUCAUUCAACCAGGUCAUUGUUUGAGUUGGUGUCUACUAGUUAAGUCUAGUUCCAUUUGGAAGUGUACGGCAUUGGAACAUUUGUUUCAGAUCCUUUGAUUUGUUAAUUCAAGCUUGUUAUUCUCUCCUUCUCC